AUGUCUCGGGAGAUUGAAGAUAGAGUUAUUGCUAGUGAUCCUAUAUGUGAUAUGGUCAAUGAUUUAUUUAGAAAUCAUAUAAGUCGCGAUGAAAUGCAAGAAAAUGAUGAUAUUUGUCCACAAUCAAACCAAGCCUUGCCUGAUAACAGUGCAGAAUUUUUGGAGUUAAUUAGGGAUGGUCAACAAAGUUUGUACGAAGGAUGUGAUAAAUAUUCAAAACUUUCAUUCUUGGUCAAGUUGUAUCAUAUUAAAUGUCUUUGUAAAGUAAGUGACAAGGAAAUGUCAAUGAUCCUAGAGCUGUUGGCUGAUGCUUUUGAACAUGCUAAUAUUCCAUCUUCAUUCUAUGAAGCGAAGAAAACUAUUGCCAAACUUGGUCUUAAUUACACCAAAAUUCAUGCCUGUCUGAGGGAUUGUAUGUUAUACUUUAGAGAAGAUGCAAAUAGAGAUACUUGUAAGACAUGCAAACAAUCUAGGUGGAAGUCCAAAGAUAAGGGUGCAAAUACUAGUACUACUAAUAAACGAAAAAAGGUGCCUACAAAAGUUGAGAUAUUUUCCUUAAAGCCACGUUUGCAAAGGUUGUUUAUGUCUUCAAAAACUGCUGAGCAUAUGCGAUGGCAUGGAUUAGAAAGUACUACUGAGGGCAUAUUAAGGCAUCCAAGAGACUCAAAAGCAUGGAAGAAAUUUGACUUAAUGUAUACUAAAUUUGUUUUAGACUCUCGAAAUGUACGCCUUGGGUUGGCUACUGAUGGCUUUAAUCCUUUCGGCAAUUUGAGCACGAGUUAUAGUAUUUGGCCAGUUAUGCUCAUACCGUACAACCUUCCUCCUUGGAUGUGCAUGAAACAGAGUUCAUUUAUCCUGUCGAUGAUCAUUCUUGUUGUGAUGUGGACUAUUAGUGAUUUUCCUGGUCUUGGAACCUUAUAUGGAUGGAAUACAUAUACUGGUUUAGCAUGUCCUACUUGUAAUUUUGACUCAGUUCCUAGCCGACUUCCUCAUAGUCGAAAGUGGUGUUUCAUGGGUCAUCCUCGAUUUUUGAAUGAAGGGCACAAAUUUAGAUUAGCUCGAAGACGAUUUGAUGGAAAUAUAGAAAAUAGAAACCCUCCUGUAGCAAUAACCAGUGCAUCUAUAUGGCAACAAGUUCAGAUGAUUAAUGUGGUGUUUGGAAAAGAUUUAGAUGUUGAAGGAAGGGCAAAAAAAAUGCAUCGAGUUAGUGGUACACAAGCUGAACCUUCACAAUGGCGUAAGAGGAGUAUCUUUUUUGAACUUCCUUAUUGGGUGAAUAAUUUAUUACGUCAUAAUCUUGAUGUCAUGCACAUUGAGAAAAAUGUAUGUGAUAAUAUACUUUGUUAA